ACGAAACCCUCUUUUCCACAAUGGGGUUGACGACGAGAUGUUGGGUGUCUGCUUCUGGUUGUGAAAGACACGGGUUCAAAACCCGCUGCUCACCUAGUUUUCUCCCGGAGUACGGAAAAAAGAAAAACGGUGGGUGGGCCAAGAAAACGAUGCACUGUCUAUCGAACUCGAAACUUGUGGCAAUGCGUGGCGGAAGUGGCGCACCCGCACGCACGCACAGCAGAUUGUUGGAAAAAAAGGUGGUUCUACUCGCCGCCAGCCGGUCGGGUUCCGGUUACCCCAAGAAGACUUCUCUUGCCUAGCAAACAAGAAGAAGCCUCGAAAAAGGGGGGGGUAAUAAUGUGGAGAACACCUUCACAAAGGUUGAAACUCCCCAACGUCUGUCGAGGACGAAACCCUCUUUUCCACAAUGGGGUUGACGACGAGAUGUUGGGUGUCUGCUUCUGGUUGUGAAAGACACGGGUUCAAAACCCGCUGCUCACCUAGUUUUCUCCCGGAGUACGGAAAAAAGAAAAACGGUGGGUGGGCCAAGAAAACGAUGCACUGUCUAUCGAACUCGAAACUUGUGGCAAUGCGUGGCGGAAGUGGCGCACCCGCACGCACGCACAGCAGAUUGUUGGAAAAAAAGGUGGUUCUACUCGCCGCCAGCCGGUCGGGUUCCGGUUACCCCAAGAAGACUUCUCUUGCCUAGCAAACAAGAAGAAGCCUCG